UAUCGAGGAUAUGGUCGGUUAUUUUAUAAGAGGCAACGCCAGAGCAUACGCCAGCAGACCUGUAUAAUUGGCAGAUCUGUAAAAAAUUGGAAUGUUUUUUUUUCAGCUGUUCGUCUCUCUCACUCUUCCUGCACGUAGCGUAUCACAACACAAUUUUCUUAUCAUUUUGGGUUUCACCUGGAUCGAAAAGCUUGCACUGAUCUUUCCGAUGUGCCUGCUUUUAAAGCGUGAUUCUUGUAUGCGUUACCUAUUUGAAAGUGAUGAUCGCUCACCAAAGAUAUCAGGGGGACCUGUUAAAGAUAUGAUAUAUUUGCUCUACCAAAACAUGCACGCACCCACACACACAGGAUGCUGUGUUUUCCAGGCCAAGCGAUUCGUUACUUAUAUAUGACUUUUGCGGCUCGCAAACAAUAAACCCGAGUAUUGAUUGAAG